CGAGAUUUCCUCGAUGGUGUCGCGCCACCUUGACAUCAUGAAGCAGGGCCAAUGAGCAGUGGCGACAGGGUGAAACCUGUGUGUACAGUGAUCCAGAACAUCAGCUGAACUCUGAGUUUUUUUAGCCAUGUCAUUAAUAAUCUUAACAUCUGCGCACAGAUUACGACCAAUCUGCAGAUUGCAGAGAAUACAAGGACACAUGAUGUCGAGUAAAGCUGGGUCUGAAGUUCUGUUUGAGAAAGUUGGGAACGCUGGAGUCAUCACACUAAACAGACCCAAAGCUCUCAAUGCUCUGAAUCUCACCAUGAUCAGACACAUCUACCCUCAGCUCAAGAAAUGGGACAAAGACUCAGAAACCGAUCUAGUGAUCAUUAAAGGAGCAGGGGAGAAGGCAUUCUGUGCUGGUGGGGAUAUCAGAGCUGUCACAGAAGCUGGAAAAGCAGGCGAUUCUCUCGCUCAAGACUUCUUCCGUGAGGAAUAUAUUCUUAACAACACUAUUGGUACAUAUCAGAAACCAUAUGUGGCUCUAAUUGAUGGAAUUACAAUGGGAGGAGGCGUGGGUCUUUCAGUUCAUGGACGGUUUCGUGUGGCCACUGAGAAGACACUGUUUGCCAUGCCUGAGACGGGCAUUGGUUUGUUCCCUGAUGUUGGUGGUGGCUACUUCCUGCCUAGACUUCAAGGCAAACUAGGCCUCUUUCUUGCCCUGACCGGGUUCCGCCUCAAAGGGAGAGAUGUUCAGAGGAUCGGGUUGGCUACUCACUUUGUGCAGUCUGACAAGAUUGCAUCUCUUGAGAAGGAUCUUGUUGAUCUGAAGUCUCCAUCUAACAGUGAUGUGGCCCAACUGCUGGAUUCUUAUCAAGAACAGAGCAGUCUGGAUGCUGAGAAACCUUUCGUACUGCAAGAACAGACAGAGGCCAUUGACAGGUAA